AAAUAAUAAUCAUAAAAGGCAAAUUGCUGAUCUUGGAAUUCAACGUGUGUCGCAGGCUCAGUUUUCAAUGUAACCCGCAGUCGCAGUCUUCGGUGUACAGCUCAACGUAGUAGUAGCACAAAUAGUGCUCAUCGUCGCGAUCGGUGAUCAACAGUUUGAGAUCAUCAAUUUUUUGAUUUGAAUAGUGCAGAUUUUGUGAUUUCGUCAUGAGAAAAAAAUAUAAAUCUCUUAAGACGCAAUUGUUGCUCGGCUUCUUAUUUGCUGUGCAAUUGGCACUUGUCUAUAGUACGCGAAAUGCGACGUCACGAUAUAACGUCGUCUUGGUGAUAUUCGAUGAUAUGCGUCCAGUCAUUGGUGGCUAUGGCGAUCGUUUGGCGUACACGCCGCACUUGGAUGCUUUUAUGAAUGAAAGUUACUAUUUUACACGCGCUUAUAGUCAGCAAGCUCUGUGCGCGCCUAGUCGUAACUCUAUGCUCACCAGUCGCCGUCCUGAUACUCUUCAUCUGUAUGACUUCUACAGUUAUUGGCGCAAUUUUGUUGGUAAUUUCACAACGUUGCCACAAUACUUUAAGGAACACGGUUAUUAUACUUAUAGCACUGGAAAAAUAUUUCACCCAGGCAUAUCUUCAAAUAACACUGAUGACUAUCCGCUCAGUUGGACUGCUCGUCCAUUCCGUCCAAAAACUGAAAAAUACAUGAAUUCGCCAGUUUGUCCCGAUGUUAGCGGUGUACUUAAAAAGAAUCUUAUAUGCCCUGUACAUUUGCAGACACAACCAUAUAAAACUUUACCUGACAUUGAGUCUACCACGGAAGCGAUACGCUUUGUGCAAACCCGUACUAAAAAUCGUAAACCCUAUUUUCUCGCUUUGGGCUUUCACAAGCCACACAUAAAUUUUCGUUUCCCAAAACAAUUCUUAAAUCAUUUUCGCAUACGUAAUUUUUACAAUUAUACCGAAGACACAAUUAAACCACAUGAUAUGCCAAACGUGGCUUGGAAUCCCUAUACAGAUGUGCGUUCACGUGAUGACUUCAAAUAUAUGAAUAUAUCGUUCCCUUAUGGACCGAUUUCACGCUUGCAAAGUGCACAAAUACGACAGGCGUAUUACGCUUCGGUCGCAUAUGUCGACGAUUUAUUUGGAAAAUUUAUGGCUAAUAUUGAUAAAAAUAAUACGAUCGUUUUAGUGACCAGUGAUCAUGGUUGGUCAUUGGGAGAACAUGCUGAAUGGGCAAAAUAUAGUAAUUUUGAGGUUGCCUUACGUGUACCACUUAUUAUACGAACACCAGAAUAUGCUUUAGAUACGGCGAAGAGAGUGAACACCAUGACGGAAUUAGUGGAUGUUUUUCCAACAUUAGUCGAUUUAGCACACUUGCCAUCACUACCACGCUGUACUGAUACUACACAGUUGGCUUGCACAGAGGGUAAGAGUCUAUUUCCACAACUGGGUGGUGUUGGUUUAGGUGAAGAGCAUGUGGCUCUAAGUCAAUAUCCACGUCCCGGCACACAACCAACAAAACAUCCUAAUAGCGAUAAACCUAAACUGAAGAAUAUCAAAGUGAUGGGGUAUUCUAUGCGCACUGAGAAUUAUCGGUACACCUUAUGGGUGCGUUUUCACGCCCAAAACUUCAGCCGAGAUUGGACUGAUAUCUAUGGUGAGGAAAUGUAUGAUCAUCGUUUGGAUGCAGGUGAAGAAAUGAAUUUGGCAGAGUUACCAGAGUUUGAUGAUGUACGCACUUGGCUUAGAAAAAAGUUGAUUGUUAGUUUCAGUAAAUGAAUUAAAAGUUUAAGUGAAAUAGUAUUUUUCUAAGUUGUGUAUAUUAUUUGUUAAAAUAUGUAUAUAUUUAAAAAUUUAUUAGUUUAUUAAUUUUCAUAAAAGCAAGAGGAAAAGCAAAACCAAA